AUGAGGAGGCGGGGACCUUUCGCUGGCAAAUGGAACUUUGGCCCUAGCGGUUUCAAGUCUGUGGCGACUGUGCCACGUGCAGCAAACAUUCCAAAACAUCUCAGUGUUGUCCAGAUUGGUGACAAGACAGUCUUGAGUGAGCAUCUCGCAAGUCUCUUCACUUGGAAGGAUUUGCUUGACCAUGGUAUUGUCAGUUGUGUCAGCCUAGCAUGCAAUCUAAGCCCAGUAAAUGCAUCCCAGCUGCUAUUAAAAGUGGAGGAAUCUGCUUUGGCGUUUGUCCCGCAAGUGCCAGCCAGUGGACGGAAGCGGAUGUGA